UCCUUCUCCUCCUGCUUUUCUUUUCUCUUUCUUCCCCGUUCCCCCUCCGAACGUCUCUCUUCCCCUGGUUGUGCUGAAGGGGAAUAGAGAAAAUCUUCCCGCUCGCGCAUCAUGCACAAAAUCUCCAAUUUCACGGGCCAGGCCCGGCAUGGUUGGGAGCGGAUGACGCCUGCCUUUGGGAUGUCGAGGCCGCACACAGACAUGUCUGCCCAGUCACUACGACGACCGCAUGGCGCUCCUCCCAUGACGCCUCCCACGGGAGUCGACCCGACCGUGAACCUCUCCUUCAACGUGCCCUUCUCCUCCAGUCUCGCCGGUCCAGAUGUGGAGGACGUGAUACACGCCAGUCCCGGUGCGUUGCAGCGCUGGACGUUUCCCGAGGGGACUCCGGAAGGGACCCCGAUACACCAGUUGCCUGUCCACGCGAGCAACGUGGAUGCAUUACGGAGGCUAUGUCGACAGAUCAGUGAGAGCAGUGGAGGCCGCCUCGAGGCCACGGUCACCUCUUCAGAACCCAAGACGGUUUCGACGCUGCAGCGAAGGCCGUGCGGCCUGGUCACCAACGUCUGCAUCACCGGCGAUAGGGAUACGGUAUAUAAGAUGAGGGCCAAGAUCUUGAAUGAGACCCCGAUCUCGUUGCGAUGUGCUACCGUUGAUGUAGACAUGCAUCUGAUCAUGGAUGCCUCUACGAAAGGUAUCCGGACGAGCGUGCUGGAACACUUGGAUACUCUUGCCGCCUACACUGGCGCCGAUAUCUUCCUGUUGAGUCCAAAACUGCUGGAUGCGGACAGCGCAAUCGUCUCCUCGUAUGGUUACACGACGGAUAGCGGUCUCGAGAACCGUUUCCGUGUUGCAAUCUAUGGAGACAUGGAAAGCUCGGAGCACGCGAAGACUCGCUUGCUGAUCAUGAUUGACCAGAUUCUGAAACGUCACGUGGAUGCGAUGAAGCUCGAGCUGACCAUGCAUACCCUCGUCUGUGGUCGUACUCGCAAGAAUAUCAAGCUCAUCGAGGCCGCCACCAACACCGCCAUCUACUUCCCGCCGCCAUUCCCUCGCAUCUUCGGCUACACGCCUCCAGGAGCCAACCGAAGGAGUGAAGACGAAGUCUACAUCACGGGCGAGAGCCAGGAGAACAUUGCACGAGCCAAGCAGAAGCUGCGAGAAUUGAUCAUGGGCGUCAAGAUCUACGUCAAAGACGUUAUGGUCUCCUCGAGCAAGAUCGACCAGAUCCUGCUUGACCGCCUCGACAAGGUUCGCAAAGUGAUGGAGAUGAAUGGAUCGUAUGUCCUCUUCCCUCAGCUGGGAAGCCAACGAGGCCUCGUCCGUAUCCAAGGCACUGAGGUCUUGCAUGUCGAGCGCACUGUUCGGGAGAUCAUGGCCUUGGCCGGCCAGUUCUACAGCGCGUCCUGGUGGAUCAUUAUGCCCGACCCCGUUCACGGUGGCAUGCGUGCUCCGUCCCCUGCUGAUGUCCGGAUCAUGCUUUCCGAUAUCUGCACGAACUCCGGAGCCGAUGUCAGCUUCGACAAUCUGACUUUCACCAUCAACGGGUCCGAUGAUGCGGUCAAGGCGGCUAUGAUGGUAAUCCACCAGAUCCCGUUCGUCAAGCGGAGCCCGUAUCAGAUGCGAGUCAAGAUCGAGUUGGCAAACGAGCACAAGGAGUUUGUCAGCGGAAAGAAGAACGGCAAGAUCAACAAGAUCAUGGGACAGAGCAACGUGCAAAUCAUCUUUGACGGAUUCAAUGAGUACAACUUCUACAUCGACGUGUGCGGUACCCAGUAUGAGGCUACCAAGAAUGGUCUCGACCUUGUCGAGCAGGAGAUGCCAGCGUCCAUUUCUUUCCAUGUGCCUGACCAGUACCACAAGCGAAUUAUCGGUAUCGGCGGUCAGCACAUUCAGCGCAUCAUGAAGAAGUACUCCGUCUUCGUCAAGUUCUCCAAUGCUAUGGAUCGUGGCGGUGUCGGUAAAGAAGAUGACGACAUCAAAGUCGACAAUGUCAUCUGUCGGACCCCGGCGAGAAACGCACAGAGUCUGGAUCUCGUGAAACAGGAGAUCAUGGACAUGGUCGAGAAAGUUGAUGCCGAGUAUGUGUCUGAGACUGUCGUCAUUAACCGGCUCUAUCAUCGUGAGCUCCUUGCUCGCAUGUCUGAGAUCGAGGAACUGGAGAAGAAAUGGAACUGCAAGAUCGACUUCCCUAGUACUGAACUUGCCAGUGACAUCGUUACGAUCUCUGGUCCUGAGUACCAAGUUCCCCAGGCGGUUGAUGCCUUCCUGGGAAUGGUGCCGGAGAGUCAUGAGCUUUCCUUCCAGAGUUCUGCUGAGCUCCGCCAAUUCUUCAAGUCCGCCGACUUCGUCAGUGAUGUUCGUGGUAAGCUCAAGAGUCAGUACGAAGUGGAUGUCGCCGUCGAUACCAGCGGCGAUCUCCCAGCGUCCAGCGAGGAGGGUGUGUCUCCGACAUCCGUUCCCGAGGAUCGCCUGGUCCUUGGAUACACUCGGAACAAUGCUGGUGGACUGAAGGAUGCCAUCGACUUCCUGAUCUCACGGCUUGUGCCGCACGGACUGGACGCCACAACGGUCAAGGGAGCCAUUCCCCGUCCCAAGUCUGACUCUUUCGAGGAAUCACUGCCCUUCUUUGACUCCAAGCUGUUGCAGCACGCGCCCGCCCCUCUUAUGACUGACUCUCCCACUCGACCCAGCUUCGCGGAUGAUGUCAGCGAACGCGGCUCGAUCUUUGAACGCCUGCGCAAGCCUGGCAGUAUCUCUUCUUUCUCCUCGUUCAUCGGCCGCAAGAACCACUCAGGGUCUCCUGGGUCUUUUUUCAAGCAUGCCUCCAGCAACGCCUCGAAGGCGUCUCUCGUCUCCAUGGAAUCUCGCGAUAGCGGCUAUCGCAACCCAUGGAACGAUUCCGGGGUUAACCUCCCCGAAGAAGAUAUCCACCAUGUAGGGAGCUCCCACAGCCACAGUGGCAGCAAUGGCUGGCCUGCCCGCUUUGAUACCAAAUUUCCAUUCGGUACCGCGCCGGGGGACAUAACUCCCAAACAUGACCCCCGCGCUUCUUUUGAUAGUGGUCGUCCUAGUACUUCCAAUUCUACUUCUGGAUACCCGGCUCCUAUUGGGCCACCUCGUUAAAUCGAAAAAAUAUCAAUUUGCAGCAAUAUACCCCAAGGAUCCUUUUUCAGCGGUCGUGUUUUUAUUUCUCAUUUUUGAUACCACGGGAAGCAAGCAAAAGAGAUACGACGUAAGACGCAAUGAGGAGAGGGGACUGGCGCUCCGGCCGGUUCCUCUCAAAAUUCUGGCAGAUUAUCAGGCGUUUUAUAUCCCGAUUUGUUAUGCGAGACGUUUAUCCUCUACUCUGUGCUGAGAACGGUGUGCAAGGU